CAAGCGAACUCCCUUGCGUCAUUAGCUGUGAGUUCUUCGGCGCGUUUGGCUGGCGACAUUUUCCUGUGCCGCACUUGAUAGUCGGAGCGAAAUGCUACAGUAACAGUUUCGUAGUCACAGUAUGGAAAAGUGUUGUUUUUCUAGACGGCCUCCUAAUUUUGAAAAAGAUUUCUCUGAUUACGUAGGAGUUCUCUCUCUCGUACUAAGGAGGACUUCUCCAGAAAUGUAUGAUGGGUAGUGAGUUAGAAACGUUCACAAUCUUCGAUUUUUUGAAGAGUAAAUCCUGGAAUAGACAGCGCAAUGACAGUCCUGACUUUGAAAGACGCCAACUGGAAGCAUUCAGACGACGACUUAGCUCUGGGGCUCUGACGAAAAUUGACUACUGCGUGUGUCCACAUGGCGGGCUAUACAUUCCUACACUUCUCGAGCUGCACAAGCAAGUUCGAGAGCGCCGACGGAGCCGUUCAAAUUCCACUACAGGAAGGAGCAGGACGCCUUCCAGCGUAUCCAGUGGUCGUACCACCCCAUCCCCAGGUCCCAGCUUGCUCUCACCACUUAAUGGAAGAACCAUGUCUGAUGAUUCCCUUUCCCAGACUAGGAUCAACAGUCCACCAAGAUUGAUGAGUCGGGUCCCACGAAAGUACACUACAGUCUGCUGGCUUGAGCCUUGCAAUGUUCCUGUCCAUUAUUCCAGUACAGUUUUAAUAACUCUGGGUUCAACCAGGAAAAGGUACACUGAAGACAUCAGAUUUCAGACACGCUUGGCCCCAAGAAGAUUCAGUGAAUCAGUGGAAACUCCAGUCUCUCGGUAUUACAUAUCUACAAUCGAAAUACCAUGCAAUCCAUAUAAUCAUCUGUUUGAUGGGGAGCUGUUACAAGUCCCUUCUGACUCUGAAGCUUAAUUUAUAUAAUUUUUAGUACUUUAGCUUCUGAAUGUUUAAUCUAUUUAAAUGAAUAUUAUUUACAUCUAAAACAUGUAAAUGAUAAAUUCCAAAUGAGCUUCAAUAUAAAACAGAAGCAUGUUGUAUGUGCUACUCACCAAGCUUUAUACAUGAAAACUGUCCUAUUUUCUAGAAUGUUUUAGCUUCAUCCAACUUUGAAGAUUAUAUGUUCAACUGUAAUGCAGUGCAUGUGUACAGUGUUGCCAAUGCUAGCAAUUUGUUUGUGAACAGUGAAAAAUAAUAUGGAAAAAGUGUGGUGGUGAUUUCUAAAAUAAGGGAACAAGAUCAGCUGCUCGUCCAAAAUGUCUGGUGUUAAGAAAUAAAACAGAAUGUAAUGUGAAAGUAUGUCAGGCAGUAAAUGUCUUAUAGGUGAAAGUAAGAGUUACAGCUCUAAAUAAAGUAUGAAUUUUGAAUAUUGAACAAAUAAUGAGCCUUCUGCCUUAGCAAGUAGCGAAAGUUAUUCCAAUAUAUAAAUUAUAACAGUCAACAUGCAAAGAAAAUCAUUCAAAUUUGUUUUUCCAAUUUUAACAUUAAGAAAGCAUUUCAGAGAAUCUAUUGUGUGACAUAAAGUUUCCAUAAGCUUAUUUUGUAAAACAUUCAUAGACUAUGAACUUUAUAAGUCACAAUUCAUGCAUUUGGUUUGAUACAUAAAAAUAUUUUUAGGUAUUCUCACUGAGAUGCAUAAUCACAAAUGUGUAUUAUAGGUCACUCUCACAUGGAUUUGAAUGUAUCUUCAUCUUUGGCAAUAUUCAGUUUGAUAGUGUUUAACAGUACUAUUUUACACACUACAGGGUUGUUGUGAUAGUUAACUACUGACAUGUAAGUCUUGUAUGCUACUGAUAUUUGAGUAAAAUUUAAAAAGGACGUUGUUCAAGAAAAUGCUCAGAAUCAUCUUGAAAUGAGUAAUUUCUGUACUGAACCUAAGUUUUCACUUAUCUAGCUCAAAUUGCUUACCUUCUUACAAGCAAUUACUGCAGUAAUUUUUAAGAACCUUCAUUUACAGUUUCAAACUAAAUUUCUUUUGUUUUAAAACUUAAGACUGCCAUAAAGGAAUAGUUAUGAGUGUAAUAGAUUUCAUGUUUGUGCAUGUUGUAUCAAUGUGCACUCCAGUGACUGUUGUGGUAUGUGAAAAAGAAAAUCUGAGUUUUGUGCCUGGUAAGUUAAAUGCAACCUGUUGGAUAGGCUGUUGGUAGUACAUGUUUAUUGCUAAAUAAGUUUAGUAAACAAUUUAUACUUACAUACCUAACCUUCCUUUAAUGGGUGCAAGGGGGGGGGGGGGGGGCAACACUAAGUGGUCAGGUAAUUAUUAUACAGAAAUAUACUUAAAUCCUGCAGUACUUUUUCUGUAUUUCCUGUCAUCUGCAAAACCUAAGUCACACUAAACCACUAUUGCUUGUUCUUGUGAAUUUUCCUUUUUUUUUCCUCAUCAGUGGAAUAUUCCAUCCCCCGUCAUGGAUUCUCAGGUAUCUAGAAGUUGUCUUCAUAUUAUGGGUUAAUGAGUGAUUUGGAUCACUCAUUUGAUAUACUUUCAUGGGUCACUGCACAUGCCAGGUCAAACCUUGUUUUACAUGCAAAAUACAAUCAACUGCCUCUUUCUCUAAGGUAUGAGAAGUCUGACAUUGCUACAUUGAUUUCUUCAACUUCUCCUUGUUGUGAAAUUAGAGUGGUUACUGUUUUGGAUUUUUCCAUUCUGUACCUCUUCAUAAGUACUUCAGUAAAUCUCUUUUGAUAAAUUUAGAAACCUUUUGCUCUUUUGGUUUUGAGUCCAGGAUAAAUUGUUGGUUCACCAAUUAUAUCCAAUUUUUUUCUUCAGUUUUUGCAGAAGAUUUUUCAUUUGACAGAUGUCUUCUCCAAAUAGAAUCACCCACUAACAUGUACAGUGAGAGAGAUGUUCUUAUCAGUAUCUGAUUUUUAAAUAUUGGUUGGAUUUCAGUUGGGUGAGCUUUUCUUUCUUAAGAAACUUGUUCAGUUUGCUGUUCCAUUGUGAAGGAGCUUGUUUCAAUCCAUACAGUGCCUUUUUAUAAGGUAAACUUUCCCAGGUGCUUUGCAUCCCUCUGGAGCUUCCAUGAAAACUUCUUUCAUUUCACUAUUGAGAGGAUGUUUUGACAUCAGCUGUCAUAAUUAUCAAAUAUUCUUGUGCAGCAAGUACAGAAAGAAAUAUCAGGUAAAUAUUUUGUAUAACAGAAAUAAAAAACUUUAAAAACCAGUUUUCCUUCAUUCUGUUGUCAACCUCUUGCAAUGGGCCUAGAUUUAUACUUUCCUUUGUUCUUUCUCUUUAAAAAUAGAUUUUCCUUUAAUUAUUUCUUUUCUGUGAGCAAUUUCUUCCUUCAGCAGAGGCCAUUUUUCAAUUUUAUUUAAUUAUUCUUUUCAUUUAAGCCUUCAAGUUUUCCUUCUCUUCACCUUUACUGUAUUUCUUGUAUGUGAGCACAUGAUCCCACCUCUUUGGCAAGCCUAAAGUCUUUGUUUCUGAUACAUUAUCUUAUUUCCUCCUCCUCCUCUUCUCGCUUCUUUCUUUCUUUCUUUCUUUCUUUCUUUCUUUCUUUCUUUCUUUCUUUCUCACCUCUUUCUUUCUUUCUUUCUCGCUUCUUUCUUUCUUUCUUUCUCGCUUCUUUCUUUCUUUCUCGCUUCUUUCUUUCUUUCUUUCUCGCUUCUUUCUUUCUUUCUUUCUCGCUUCUUUCUUUCUUUCUUUCUCGCUUCUUUCUUUCUUUCUUUCUCGCUUCUUUCUUUCUUUCUUUCUCGCUUCUUUCUUUCUUUCUUUCUCGCUUCUUUCUUUCUUUCUUUCUCGCUUCUUUCUUUCUUUCUUUCUCGCUUCUUUCUUUCUUUCUUUCUCGCUUCUUUCUUUCUUUCUUUCUCGCUUCUUUCUUUCUUUCUUUCUCGCUUCUUCAAAAUUUCAGUUUUGUACAGAUUUAUUCCUCCUCAUUUGGCAUUUCCUUUUUUAUCUUCAUAUUGAAGAGUAAACUCAUCUCUUGCUUCAGAAAACUUUCCAGUCCAGCACAUCUCAUUUUUUUUUUUUUUGUCUGUCUUCAAACUGAAAUGAACUUAACUGUGACUUAAAAAUUCCUUGAUGUGGUCUUCUGUUUCACUUUUUGUGUGCCAAAAAUACAUUUUCAAGAAAAGUGUGUAAACACAAAGACACACUGAAGAACAUUCUUCAUUGAGACAAGGUGGUGUGCUUACCUUAGCACAUACAUUAGUGUGAAUAAUCUCAAGAGGUGUGAUUCCUCUGUGUCACACAGGAUUGAAUGGAUUUUUUACUUGGUUUGUCAUGAUACAUGUUUCGCACCAUCAUAUAUUCCUGGCAUUUUCUUCAGACAUCCUAGUUUUUUGUGCCAUUGGUGCCUACUUUUCAAAGUCACUUUUGAUGUUGGUGAUGUCAGCCCAUUUUCUGAUUUAUUGCCUUCUAAAAUAACAUUUCCACUUUUCUCUUGUCAAAUACUGCCAUUCCUCAUUUCUCAGGAAUAUUUAUUGGCAAAAAAUUUCUUGACAAGUCAAAAACACCUGUUGUGAUUCAGCUUGGCCAGCAAAAUUAGAAUGUUUGAAUUUCCAUCAGCAAUCUUAAUUUUUAAACCUUCGUAGCCUUUCAUAUUUGACAUAAUUUUCCUUCCAGGUGAAGUGCUCAGUACUACCACUGCCUAAAACAAACUUGGCAUCUACUUUAUCAUUCUUCUUGUUUUUUCUGUCAAAAGUACUUAUGAAAAUAAAAAUUGUCUUAGUGCUUUCUUCAGCUUCUCAUGGGUGUUCUACUACUAGAAAAAGAGAGAUUAGUGCAAAUAUUGUUUUGUGUUGUGUGUUUGAGUUCCAUGUAUUGGUCUGCUAUAGGUAGUGGUUGCCUUUCCCUAAUUUUAUGUAUUUUCCGUCUGAGAAGUUAUUGUUAAACACUGUUAAACCCAGAUAUUUGCACGAGUCAGCUGAUUGCAUCUGUGACUUGUUGACAUUUUGGUCAUACAAACCUACUUUCCUGCAUUUACUAAAGAAUGAAAUCUUAGACUUCUGAGGAUUCGAAACAUGACCUCAAUUUUUCCCGAUUGUACACUCUUAUCAAGAUAUAAUGAAUACUUAAAUUUUUUCAUAUAGUAAUUUAUUAUAAAUGUCAUCUGCAAAAAGUCAGUUUACUGUUAAUUUUGUCUGACAUGUCAUUACUAGACAAUAAGAAAAACAAGGCUCCUAACAAAUUUUCUGGGGCACAUCUGAAGUUAGUUCUUAUGUCACAGACUCUCAUUCCAAGAUAAUAUGCUCUCUUCCCCCCUCCCCCAUGCAUCCUCAGUCUAGUCAAAAAUUCUGUUUGAUACAAACUGUACUUUUGUUAAUAUCUGUUGCUGUGAUACCAAGUCAAAUGCUUUUCAGAAGUUUUUGGAGAGAAAGCAACAAUUCUGUACAACAAAGGAGUCAUGCCAACAAUUGAUGUAGCACAUGAGCAGAAGACAAUAAAUACAGUAGAAUGUACCAUGACAUCCUAGCCUUGGCAGCAUAGUUUCCCUGCCUGUGCUGUAUGUCUAUCCUCUUGCUAUUCCUUUUCCCUCCCUUGGGCAACAUGACUGGGAUGUUUUUGGAAAUGUGUUCUGAGUUUUCAGUGGCCAAUAAGGGAAUUCUCCCCCCCCCCCUCCCCCCCAUGUGCCCCUGAAGGCCAGCGCAUGCAUCAGAUAUGUAAUAGAUAACUGAGUAGCAUGUAAUUCCAAGGCCUGAGUUGACAGGUAGGGUUUGCAUGUACCCGUGGUACAGGCCAGGUACAGGGAGGGGUGACUGCCUUAGCUGUUACCUUCCCAAAUUGCUGCUUGGCCCCUGUCAGGUGUUUGUGAGGUGUGAACAAUCACCUAAGGUGGGUGCGCCCCCUUCUGAAGGGGGCUCCCAGAUGGAAGGAGCGCACCCUCAGACGGUGGCAAUUGUGGGGAUUUUCUCACAAUGACCCAAUCUUCAGUCAGUCUACAAAACAUAAAUGGAAUGAGGCUAAUAAUUCAAAGACUCUGCCAGCUGCACCAUGGUUCCUCAUGGUUUCAAAUACUGAAGAUGGUCAGUUCUCCAAUAUGGUAAAUACAUUUAUUAUUCGAAAAGCUGUUUAUGCAAUUGUUAGCCCUGUGAAACCCUGCUUUAAUUUAUGCAGUGGCACUUUGCUUUUGGAGACUACUGAGUCUCAAGCACAAAAACUGAUUGCAGCUUUGCUCCUCGAGGGCUAGCCUGUUCAUGUCGAGGCCCAUCAAACACUGAAUUCUUCCUGUGGUGUCACACUAGGCCGCUCAGUGGUCUGACCAAGACAUGAAUCCAAACAUACAUCUCUGAUCAUGGUGUCAUUGCAGUCCAUCGGGUGAUGAAAAAAGUAGAUGGAUCCUUUGUGCCCACACGCACACUUUUCUCACUUUUGAUAGUGGUUCUUCUGUCAAAGAUCAAUGCUUGUUAUGAAGUUAUCAGUCAUAUCAUAUAUGCACUGCUACCAAAUAAUCUUUACAAUCACACUCAAGUGUCCUGAUGGACAGGAUGUAACCUGUGGUAGGGAUGCUAAUGAGGGUGAUUGUUUGCCACCUUCUCUGAGCUGCAUCAACUGCAAUGGUGACCAUGCCACCGCCUCCUGCGAUUGUCCCAUGUAUCUCAAUGAGCAGGCUGUCCAGGAGAUGCGGGUGAAGUAAAAAGUGCCUUACCUGGUUGCUUGCAAGUUGUUGGCUAGACAGAAACCUUGUAUUCUCUCGUCUGGCACCUACAGUACUGUUCUUGCUACAUGCAGGACAUGGCCACACAGACAUGUGGCCUCAAAUGUAGCACCAUUGUUGUGAAAUCGCCCAGCAUCAUGGUAGCAUCCUCAUCUCCUUCUCCAGCUCUGCAACAAGUCACGAACUUCCACCUCACAGGGUGAAGUCUUCUUCUACACAACUGGCAGGCCGGAAAGGACAGAAGGAAUACUCCCAUGAAGACUUCCUACAUCCCUCCCAAGAAACAUCCAAAUCUUCCUGUGCCAACCGAGAAGGCUCUGAGAGUCAAAGGCUAAAGGCACAGUCUUUUCUUCCACCAACAUGAAGAUACUCGCAGAGGGUGUUGCCACAUGAUAUCCUCAACCGGCCAACCUCCACGUCACCAGUGUGCUCAACCAUUUUCCUGCCUGGAGUCCACAGGCUGACAGGAGGAGACUGCUGAUUCCACUGUGGAUCUCAUGGGGCAGGCACUUUUCCCUCCUCACCUUUCCUUGUUAUGACUAUCCUUCGAUCAAACUGUUUACAGUUGCUUUUGGAAUUGCAGUGUCCGCUUGUUCUCUGCCUCCAGGAAAAAAAUUGCAUCUUCAGACAGCUUUGAGCCCUUGCAUUUCUUCCCAGACCCUUUUGACUCCUCCACCACCACCACCACCACCGAGGAAAUCAUUCCUUUUCACAGGAGAGUCAUGUUGCUCAUGUGUGAUGUUCAUAGUCAACCCAUUUCCCUGACUACCCACCUUCAAACUGUCGCAGUUUGCCUUUUCCUUCCUUCCUUCCUUCCUUCCUUCCUUCCUUCCUUCCUUCCUUCCUUCCUUCCUUCCUUCCUUCACCUUUUCUCUUUGUACCAUUUAUAUCUCUUCAUCCUCUGAUAUCACCAGGGCAGACUUCCACCAGCUUAUUGGGCAGCUACCUCACUCCUUUCUGCUGCUCAGUGACUUUUGUCUGCACCAUCCCCUUUUGCUGUUCUCCCAGAAAAAGCCCAAAAAGUGCCCUCUUGGCUGACCUUCUCAAUUGACUUAACCUCCUCUGCCUCAACACAGGAGCACACCACAAGUUCCCGUUCAGACCUGCACUGUCCAGCUUGCCCAUUGUCUCAAGUGGUCUGUUCUCUUUGACAGAUACUCGAGCGACCAUUUCUCGUGUGCUAUUGGCCUGCUGACUCCUACCCACCUAUGUGUAUGUCCAAAUGGCACCUUUCUAAGGCUAACUGGAGGCUUUACUCCUCCCUGGCGGCCUUCGACAAACACUUCCUCAGUUGUGAUGAUCAGGUACAAUAUCUUACAAACAUUAUACUUACCACCUCAGUAUGUUCUAGUGGUCACACUACUUCUUUACAAUGCCAUGUCCUGGUCUCUUGCUAGACUGAGGCAUGCCCCAACACAAUUUGUGCGUGGAGAAGUGCUCCCCACAUUUGUAACUGUCAUCCUAUGAUGGAAAACUGUAUUCAUUAUAAACAGUCGCGUCCACGUUGUUGUUCUUUGGGAUAGCAAAGAAGCUAGCUGGAUUUCAUUCACUAGUUCUUCUAACAGUUCCUCUGCUCUUCUAUUGUGUGGCCAUUCUCAGAUGGCUCUGUGGGAUAAAGAUCCAGUCCCCAAUUUCCGGCCUGACAGUAGCAGAUAUCAUUAUGGACCCUAUUGCUAUCUCCAAUGCCUUGGCCUGCAAUUUUGCAAAAAGUUUGAGCUCCUCCCACUAUCACCCUGCCUUCCUCCAUUGGAAAAGAGUGGAGGAGGCUCUGGCGAUACCAUUUUCUUCUCAGAAUUGUGCUACAAUGCCACUUCUACUAUGAGAGAGCUAGAUCACGACUCACUUCAUCCUGAUCCUCAACCCCAGGACCAUAUGAUGAUCUCAUUCAAAUGUUGCAGCCUUUCUCUUGCAGGCAAGCACUUUGUGUAAUACAUGCAAUGGCAUCUGGGCAGAGGGCACAUUUCCCAGACACUGGUGUGAAGCUACUGUGAUACCCAUAUCUAAGCAUGGUAAGGACAAACACCUUCCUUCUACCUACUGCCCCAUUUCUCUCACCAGCUGUUUCUGCAAGGUGACUGAACUUAAGAUUCAUGCCCAGCUGGUAUGUGGCUAGAGACUUGCAAUUUACUUACCACUGCACAGUGUGUAUUCCAAGCAUACUGUUCCACAGUUGGUCAUGAAUGAUUUUCUGCAGAAAUCCGACUAUGGACAAGUUUUUAGAUUUGCAGAAAGCCUACGACACCUGCUGGAGUUCUGGUAUUCCCCGCACACUCUACCUGUGGGGGCUUCUGUGGCCACAUGCUGUUUCCUUCAGGAUUUUUAAGACAGUUUUCAAGGUAUGUGUGGGUUCUGCCUUGUAAGACACGUUUAUCCAGGAAAACAAUGUGCUUCAGGGUUUGAUCCUGAGCAUCGUCCUCUUUGCCAUCACCAUUAACCCUAAAAUGACCUGUCUCCCACCAGGCAUCUCGGUUUCCUUUAUGUUGACGAUUUUGCCAUGUAUUGCAGUUUUCUGUUGGCCUGUCUCAUUAAGCGGCAUCUUCAAUGUUGUCUCAAUCAUCUUUACUCAUGUAUCAACAACAAUGGCUUUCAUUUUUCCACUGACAAAAUCAUUUGUAUGAAUUUCUGGCAGCACAAUUGGUUUCUUCCACUGUCUUUACAUCUUGGACCUGUUGCUCUUCCAUUUGUUGAAACUAUGGAAUUCCUGGGGCUCAUACUUGACAUGAAACUUCCUUCGUCCCUGCAAGUGUUACCUGGGAGCUCACUGUAUGCAGUCCCUGAAUGUCCUGUGUGUCCUCGGUGGUAUUUCAUGGGGAGCAGAUCGAACGAUCGUUUGUAGUGGCCCCAUGUCCAUUCGAAACUAGAUUAUGGAUGUUUCAUUUAUGCAUCUGCACAUCCAUCCCUCUUAUGCCAUCUGAAUACUAUCCACCAUCAGGGCAUCUUUUUGGCCAAUGUCACCUUUCACACUACCCCAGUUGAGUCAUAAGCAGAAGUUGCCAGCUACCACUGUCCUACUGCCAUGCCUUUCUCCUCAGCAGAUAUGCAUACUGUUUGUUUGCCAUGCCUGGCCACCCAUCCUAUGCCUCCUUCGAUGACGCCUUUGAUUGUCAGUGUAGGGUGCAUCCCUCCUCUGUUACCUCCUGGCUUUCGCUCUCAGCUCUUGUUCCAGCAGCAUAACAUCACACUACUUGCAACUUACCCAAUGGGUGUAAACCCUUCAGCACCUUGACUUCGUGCAGUGGCCCGUGUUCACUUUGGCCUUCAUUCACUUCCUAAGGACACUAAUCCAGUCUCACUGUCGCUUUGUUUCAUGACCUUUGCAAGGAACUUUGUGAUAGUACCUUGGUGUGCACAGGUGGCUCAUAGGCUGCCCAUGGUGUUAGGUGUGCCUUCGUCAUUGACACCGAUGUUUUUUCAGUAUCUGCUUCUGGAACACUGCUCAGCAUUUACAGCAGAGCUCUUCACUGUGUAUCAGGCCAUGCAGUACAUCUGGCAACACAGGCUUUCCAGUUGUCAUCUGCUCCGACACUCUUAGCGCCCUUCAGAGCCUUUACGUGUUGUACACUGUCCAUCCCUUAGUGCAACAGGUCCAGGAAAGCUUUCACUUUCUUGCUCUUCAUGAAGCCGCUGUGAUGUCUAUUUGGGUUCCUGGUCACAUUGGUGUGACAGCAGACAAGGCCACUGGCACUGCUGCCAAAGCUGCAGUCAUCGUACCUCAGCUCACUAGUUCUCACAUUGCCUCCGAUCUCUGUGUUGCCAUCUGUCAGCAGGUGGUGCCACUUUGGCAUCACCACUGGUCCUCCCUUCAUGGGAACAAGCUCUAGAUUAUUAAGCCUCUCUGUGGUUUGGAUGACCUCGUCUGUCAUCUCGCUGUGAGGUCAUUAUAGCUAGGUUGCCUAUCGGGCACUGUCUUCUUAGCUGUCGCCAUUUGUUUAUUUGUUUAGUGGUGCUCCCCCACCCCCCACUUUGUACUCAUUGUACUCAGCCUUUGGUGGUCUGCUAUUUCCUGACAGAUUGCACUUUUUUUAAACACUUACAUUCUCGCUUGUUUGCUGUCUGAAUUACUGGCCAUUUUAGCGAACGAUGCGCAGGCUGUCGACAGUUUUAUUUUUUGUCUGUCAGACCAAUAUGGCGAAGGACAUUUAAUUUUUAGUUCAGGACCUCUGUUUCUUUAUGGUGUAUUUUGUAUACCUUCACUGUCCCUGUUUUUAGCUAUCUUCUCUGCUAUCAAUUAGUGUGUAGUCAUUUUAACUCCUUUCUUUGUUGUGUUCCCAAAUUCUGACUUAGGUGGAUAUGGCUGUAGUUGUUUUUGGGCCCCACAACAAAACUAAACAGUAGAACGCUCCAAAUUUUUGAAUGAACAUAUGGGAGAAGCUUAGUACUCAGCUUCUCAAACUAUAAAGUACAGCUACCUUUACUCUUCAUGUAAUUGCUAAUCUUGGAAACAAUCAAACCAUCUCUUGUCUGUUCUGCUUAUUUCCACUGAAUAUUCUCUUAAGGUAUAAUUUUCUGGGGAACUCAUCAGUUGGAAAGUAUUUAUUGCACAAAAGAAAGAAGUAAGAACAAUAUAUGGUGUUCACCCAGGGAUGUCAUGUAGGUACCUCUUCAAAGAAUUGGCAUUUUAACUGUGCAGUCACAAUACACUAAUGACACUUGUCAUAAAUCAUCCAUCACAAUUUGAUAGAACUGUCAGUCACUCAUAAAGGAAUUCAAUAUGCAUCAAAAAACAUUUUUGAUUGUUUGACCAACAACAUAAAAUGUAUGACAGAUAGCAAAGCAACUUUUAAAUCUAACUUAAUCAUUUCUCCUGGACAACUCCCAUACUGCUAGCAAAUUUCUACUUAAAAACUGGUAGUCAAUAAUAAAAUAAAAACAUUUUAAGUGUAGUUGCUUGAUCAGGACUAAAAAGAUAUGUUCAUUAAUGUUAACACUAAUCAUGUAUGCAUAUCCCGUAAACUGAAUGAUUCCACAUGAUUUUGAAAAAAUGAAUCAUGUAAUUCAAUUUACUUCAUGGUGUCUCAUGAGAAAAGUGCAAAUUGGGUUUCACAUGAUGGAUGUUUCCAAAAUCCAUGGUGGUUAGCAUGGAGGUGGUCACCCUGUCAGACAGGUUUUUGGGCUCAUAAUGUUCUAGAAUUUUCCAAUAGAUGGACAUCAGUGAGAUAGGACUGUAGUUUUAUAGAUGUGCUGUCUGUCAGUGAGCACAGUUUGCCCCCCCCCCCCCAAUGAAUUGUUGGUAUAUUGUGUUAGAAAUAGGGCCAACUGGCUGCAAAUUCUGUGUAGAAUCUGACAGAUUCCAUUGGGCCCCUGAAGCCUUCUAUGGUUUUAUCAUUGUAGCUAUAAUGACCUUAUCAAUAAGAUGUUAAAACCUAAUCUUCAUUCCUUUGUUUUUAUUUUUUCCAUGCCUCAAUUGUUACAUUUUGUGCUCAUUGUCUCUAUAUGUUACAAUUUAUCUACAUGCUGUACUUUAAUUAUAUGAGUUUUGAAGUAAGUUAUUUUUAUAAUCUUUGCUUUAGUGAUCAUGGUUUUGCUUCAGCUGUAUGGUUUCCAAAUAUAUUCUGCAUAUGUUUCCCACUAAAAAGUGUCAACUGGAGAGAUUACUAUGUGAAUGGGGAUUUUGUUUACCAUAUUUUUUGUUGAUGCUCCAUUGCUACCUCACUAUAAAAGCUAAACAAAUACGGUAAUGUGAAAGAAUCUGCUGUUACUUUAUACUAAUUUUAAAUCUUCAUUUUUACACAUUAUUUCGGUCUUUACAUUUUAAUUUUUGAAAAUAUAUAAUAUUUGCUUCAA